AUGGCAGCAGCAGCAGCAACAGCGGCAACAGCAGCAGAUGUGAAGAGUAGACAGCAAUGGGCUGACAAGUAUAAACCGCAGUGUAUUGCGCAGAUGUGUUAUCCCGUUUCUGCAAACAAAUUAAAAUUGUGGGUGGAGGGAUUUGAGGCGGGAACUGUAAAAACACGAGGUGCACUUCUCUCUGGUCCACCCGGUGUGGGAAAAACCACAUCUGUUUAUGUUGUCGCUAAAGAACUUGGGAGAAGUGUAGUGGAAUAUAAUGCGAGUGACUUUCGAAGUAGAAAAUCUCUUCGUGAACAUGUCACGGAUGUGAUUAAUAAUCGCACCUUUAAUGGAACUGCCUCUUCCUAUACAAAGAUUAUUCUUUUAAUGGAUGAAGUAGAUGGUUGUGAUAUUGGAGGUGUGGGAGAAGUUAUUCAAAUGAUUAAAUCUACCACUAUACCUAUUGUAUGUACAUGUAAUGAUCGAUGGCAUCAGAAACUUCGUUCACUUCUUAAUUAUGUAGAAGAUAUUCGUGUGAGUAGACCUCCGUGUAAUAUUGUAGCGAAUUACAUUUGUGAUAAAGUAUUGGCUCGUGAAGGUAUUUCACUUUCUAAACAACUUUUACAAGAUAUUAUUCAACGUUCCGGAAGUGAUAUUCGUAGUAUGUUAAAUAAUUUACAAAUGUGGUGUAUUAACCGAAAAACAUUAGAACAAAAAACACUUGCGGAAUGUGCUAUUCAAUCUUCUAAAGAUAAUGAUGUUGGUUUAUUUGAUGCGGCGGAGAUGUUUCUCUUACAAGGCACUUCUCGUGGAAAACCACACACCAUAGAAGAACUUCAAUCCGCUUUUUAUAAUUCAGAUCUUGUGGAUUUAUUUGUUCAGGAAAAUUACAUUCAUUUUAAUCCAGAAAAUAAAGAUUACAUGGAGGCAGUAGCAGAAGCUGCAAACUAUAUAUCAUUAGCAGAUGGAUUACAACGUAUAAUGUACUUUGAACAGAAUUGGUCGGUUUCUCGUGCGUAUGUGCAAUUCUCCAGUAUUGCCCCUUGUGCGAUUACACGUGGACAUUAUGAAUCUUUUCUCUCUGGUCAACAGGUAUUUUUUGAUCGACAACGUCCAGUGAAGUUUCCCACAUGGCUUGGACAAAAUUCCUCUGCAAAUAAGAAUAAACGUCUUUUACGUUGUUUAACACUUCAGGCUACACAUCCUUUUAAAGGGAUUAGUGGAAAUCAGGAAGAUGUAUUAUUAGAUUACAUUCCAUUAGGUUGGGAGGCGAAUUUAACACGACCAUUAGCGGAAAGAGGGAAAGAAGCUAUACCAGAUGUUAUUCAAUUUAUGGAUCAAUAUCAUAUUAUGCGAGAUGAUUGGGAGUUUAUUCAAAUCGUCUCACAUUUUAAAAAGAUGCAAACAAAAACAAAAAAUUCCAUCGCUGGAGAAAUACCAACAGCAGUGAAAUCUGCAUUUACACGGGAAUUUAAUAAAACACAUCGAACAGAGAGUUUUGCAAAGGGAACACUACAACAUCUCGGUGUAGAUAUCGCUAGUGAAGAGGAUGAAGAGGGCGGUGGUAGUGAUGAGGAGAAGAAUACGAAUCUUGUGAAAAAGAAAGCAGCAGCAGCAGCGACGAGUAAGAAACCAGCAGCGAAGAAAACGACAAAGAAGGAAACAGCAGAGAAACCAAAACCAAAGGCAAAGCGGCAAACUACAAAAGCAACAAAGACUACAGGUACACGAAAACGUAAGCGAGGAGCAUCUUCUGAUUCUGAAGAUGAGUUUAUUGCGAGUAGCUCUGAUGACAGUUAA